AUGCACCGCAUCGUGGCCCAGUCCUCCCGCGCGCUCUGGCUACGUGUAGCAAUUCGUGCUCGGCCAAUUGCUGUCCCAGAAUACCUCCCGCACCGGCCGACUUUGCCCCAACACAGCCGUAGCUUCACCCACUCGCCGGCCCUCUACAAGAAAAAGGACAAGCCCAAGAGAAGCGCUCCGCCUGAGCCGGAAUCUACUAGCAAUGACUCGCCAUCUGAUGACCCAUUUGAUCUCUCACAAUUGCACACCGGCAUUGCGGCCGCGGCCGCGCGCCUGAAAGAUGAUCUGUCUAAGCUUCGUGCUGGAGGCCGCUUCAACACUACGACCCUGGAGGGACUGAGGGUUCAUCUGAGCAAAGAACGUAAUGACUCCGUCAGGCUGGGGGACCUGGCCCAGGUCGUGCCCAAGGGUGGGCGGACGGUCACCGUCCUGGCGGCCGAUGAGGAUCACAUCAAACCCAUCACAUCGGCAAUUGUCUCCUCAACCCUUUCCCUAACGCCGCAGCCCGAUCCGCACAAUGCCCUCCAGCUCAACAUCGCCAUUCCCCCGCCCACGAAGGAGUCCCGGGAUCAGAGUGUUCUAGCUGCUAAGCAGGCAUUUGAGAAAGCCGCCAGUGCAGUCCGCGACUCGCGCGGAGCGAUGCACAAGCGUCUGCAAGAUAUGCAGAAGAAGAAGGUGGCAAGGCCGGACGAUGUGCGCAAAGCUCAUGACCAGAUGGAAAAGGCUUCCGAUAAGGGCCAGAAAGACGUUAAGGAUCUAUUCGAGGCGGCCAAGCGCGCAUUGGAACAAGCAUGA